AUGGUUACAACAUCUCAAUUGAAGCAGUUAGAGGCUUUAAAUGACAAAAACGAGAAUUAUUUGAAUGUCCCCAGCAAACCAAAAGCUGAUCUAUUUUCCCUUGAGUGGCUAAUAAAGCAAGAGUUUAAUGGCAAUGAUGCUACUGACUCCGCCAACGUAACAGAGGUUAAUCUUAGAAACAAACGACUAGAAUUGUUGUUUCAAUCAGUUGAAAGUGAACAAGAACAAACUUUGCCGACUGAGAAGCAUCAAAUCGCAGUCAUCACAAAGAACCUUGCGAAUGAGACAUCAAUAAAUUUCCCCACAUUAGUUUUAAAACCUCAUGAUUUGACUAAUGAGUUGGAAAUCGAUCUAAUGGAAAGUUCGCUAUUCAGUAAGAGAUCAAAUACUCAAUUCAAUGACACCAACUCGGUGGAACAAAAGAGUCAUGACUUGACAAGAAGUCACACAAAGAGUAAUUCAAUUGUUGAUGACAGUCUAAGGUCACAAGGCUCUGUAAACUCAAUUCCUCCUCGUGGCAAAAGUCUUGAAGAGAUCAGCCACAACAUAAAUCAGGGAUUUUCACCAAAUAAAUCAUCACGUGUUUCUGAUGAGCCUCCUCCAAGACACACCAACCUAAAACCGUUGAAGCGUUUCAAGUCUGUUUCACUGUGUGACUUGGUUUUUCCUAAUUUAAACUUUAAGAAACCAAAAAGGUAG